GGUGUCGAGAUUUGCACUUGCGAUGAAUUUCUCCACGAGGCUCGCUGAGAAACUUCCCGGAAUCUUACCGGCGCCGUCUUCUCCUCUCCUGCGUAAAGGAGUCUCCGAGUUAAGAUGCUUUUCAAUUGCUAACCACAGUAGAAGACUGAGAUGGGGAUUACAAAAGAAGAUGGUUUGGAGUUUGGAGAGAGCUGAGACCUGUGUAGUUAGCAAUUCAUGUUUAGUUCAUCCUGCAACUGAAGCCUAUGCACAAGAAGCUAUUGAAGCUAUCAAAUCCGAGAAAGUUAUCGCUGUGCCUACCGAUACGCUUUAUGGCUUUGCUUGUGAUGCUUGUUCUUUAGAAGCGGUUAACCGGAUAUAUGAGAUCAAAGGGCGUAAACUUACAAGCCCUUUAGCCAUCUGUGUUGGCGAUGUAUUAGAUAUCAAGAGAGUUGCUACCACAAAUCACUUACCUCACGGUUUACUCGAUUCGCUCUUGCCCGGUCCAGUCACUCUCGUACUUCAACGAGGUGAAUCAAGCAUUCUUGAAAAGUCGUUAAACCCGGGGAUUGGUACUAUUGGAGUACGGGUUCCAGAUUGUGAAUUCAUUAGAGAAGUAUCGAGAGGUUCGGGAAGUGUGUUGGCUCUUACAAGUGCUAACCUAAGCGGUGAUAGAAGUAGUGUUUGUGUUAAAGAUUUUGAGAAUCUUUGGCAGCAUUGUGCUUAUGUCUAUGAUGGAGGUUUGCUUCCAUCGGGUCGCGCUGGAUCGACAAUAGUCGAUCUGACGAAAGUCGGAAAGUAUAAGAUCAUUAGACCCGGAAGCGCGAAGCAAGCAACAGUGGCGAUUCUUGAAAAGUAUUUGCUGGAAGAAGAAGAAGAAGACCGUUAAGAGAAGAAAGCUUAUAACACUCUGAAUCUGAGGUUUUGUUUUGGUUCUUAGCGAAUGCAAAUGCUACCUACAAUUUUCAUGGUACGCAUGUGUAAUUUAAAGAAACUUGGUGGACCGUU